UUCUAUACACGGCCACCUAUCCUGUUGGCUUGUACUUUAAUGCCGUGAAAUUGACAUUUCAUGUGAAGUGCAAGCUGGAUGCUUAAAAUAUAAAUAAAGUGAUAAUAACAGAAGAACGUGUCCGUUUCCAUAAUCUACAAAGAAUAGUUACCGAGGUUUAAUAAAAUAUUAUUCUUACGAUGGGUGGUAGCGAAAGUACAGGCAGGAAGGUCUCUUUUGGUUUGGACGAGGAUGACAGGGUCAGGGUACUGCAUGGAAUCAAGCUGUCUGAAGAUGUUGUGAAACGCAUGAAAGAAACUUCAGGGCAGUCAACGCCUUCGGUUUCAGAUCAUGGGUCCUCUCACAGAGGAGCUGGUAGCUCCCCUAGCUCCACAGGUCCUAAACCUCCAUCUGAAGAGAGCUCAGGGAAAAAGUCUACGGAAAGAGAGGAGGAACUGUACAAAAGGUACGAACGAGAACAGGCUCUGGUUCAAGAAGAGCUGGCCAGGAUUGCAAAGAGGGAGCGGGUGGCAGGGCAAGAAAGUCUGGCCCUGGCUGUUACGUGGGAAAGAGCCCAGGCCAGCGAGGAGAAGCAGAAAACCAAAGUGAUGCCUGCAGAUUUGGAUGCUUGGGCAGAACAGCUGGAGAGGAAAGAAGCUCAGCUGAAACGGCUGGAUGCCUUUUAUAAAGAGCAGCUGGCACACCUGGAGAAGAAGAACAUUGAGUACUACAAGCUGACGUCUGAACAAUUCCGCGAAGCAGCAACGCAGGCAGAAGCCCAUGUGAAAAAGAGGAACGUGGAGCCCGUGUGUUCCAACCUGCAGUCGGAGAUUCUGCGAUGCUACAGAGAGCAUCAGCAUGAGACCUUGAACUGCUCUGACCUGGCUAGAGAGUACAAGCAGUGCAUCAAUGCAGCCAAAAAGAACCUGAUGGUGAAUCACGGAUGAAAACCUCCAGGAAUUGAGAGUCAAACCUGGGGUCCAUACAUCGGGAGCAACUUUAACCUGACUGGAAACCAUCUACAAUAAAUAUUAUACCAAUUUGUAUUGCAAGAAGGAGUAGAUGGUUGUUUAUAGCAUGAGGACAACUGCCUUUUUAAAAAAAUUAUUAUUUCAUUAUAUGCUUUAGCUUUAUUAAUUUAACUAUGCCCUUUGGGCUCAAAAUAAUCCCUCCAUAUUUAAAUAAAGUCAAUUCUGAACCGAUCAGUAAAUACCAGAGUACCUUUUUGUUUCAUAAUUUACUCAAUUACAAAAACAAUUGUGCAGCAGGCAUGAAAACAGUAAAAGUAAUGUCUGCUAUCAAUUCCAGGUGAGUCAUUUUUAUUUUAAUUACUGGCCUUCAAAUACUCAAUGACAUUAAAAAGUAAGAAGAUUCAAAUGUCAGUUCCCUUACCAUUCCAUAGAGUUUGCAUUCAUUCUGAGUGGUUCUGGGUUCGAUAUUGAAUGAUAGCAAAACACAUUAUAUAGUAAGGCAAAUGUUAAAAAAAAAAAAAAAAGCAAUACAAAUGACAUUACAUACAACUUACUCUUUAACAUUUAGGUCAUACCAACAUAGGUGCGAAGCAUAUUUAGUAAUUGAGCCAAAGGACUAAAGCUUCCCAGUUCCAGCUAACAGCUAAAAGUAUCUAUAAAAAACCUGGUGCCUGACCUGAAUGUGGAUAUACUGUCAUACAACAAAGACAUUGUUUGCUGCACUGUAACAUGUAAAAUAUACUUGAAGUGUUAUGUUGUUUGAUUGCUUGUUAAUAAAAUUAAAAAUAUGCAUAGAUAGUAGUGAAAA